GAAAUCAUGGCAAGAACCAAGCAGACAGCCCGUAAAUCCACCGGAGGCAAAGCCCCUAGGAAGCAGCUGGCCACCAAAGCUGCCCGCAAGAGCGCGCCGGCCACCGGCGGAGUGAAGAAGCCUCACCGCUACAGGCCCGGCACCGUGGCUCUGAGGGAGAUCCGUCGCUACCAGAAGUCCACCGAGCUGCUGAUCCGCAAGCUGCCCUUCCAGCGCCUGGUCAGGGAGAUCGCACAGGACUUCAAGACCGACCUGCGCUUCCAGAGCUCGGCCGUCAUGGCCCUGCAGGAGGCCAGCGAGGCUUACCUGGUCGGCCUGUUCGAGGACACCAACCUGUGCGCCAUCCACGCCAAGAGGGUCACCAUCAUGCCCAAAGACAUCCAGCUGGCCCGCCGCAUCCGCGGAGAGAGGGCUUAA